UAUAUCAAUGAUAAGAAUGUAAGAUCAUAACCUCAAAAAAAGGCAAUUUCUCCUGUUGUGUUGUUUACCAAUUAUUUAUUACUCUGAAUAAUUUUGUCGGUCGAAUUCGUUCAUAUUAAUCGUAGCAAAUCAUGUCGAUCAAACCUAAGUAUCGUCCUCAUAUCAUUAAAAAAAGGACUAAGAAGUUCAUCAGACAUCAAAGCGAUCGUUAUGAUAAACUUAAGCCCAACUGGCGUAAACCUAAGGGUAUUGACAAUAGAGUUCGUAGGCGGUUUAAAGGACAAUAUUUGAUGCCAAAUGUUGGUUAUGGUAGCAAUAAAAAGACUAGGCAUAUGUUGCCAUCCAAAUUCCGUAAAGUGCUUGUUCAUAAUGUUAGAGAAUUGGAAAUGUUAAUGAUGCAAAAUAGAAAAUACUGUGCAGAGAUUGCUCAUGGUGUUUCAUCCAAAAGCCGCAAAACCAUUGUUUCCAGAGCCCAAGAGUUAUCUAUUAGAUUAACUAAUGGCAAUGCUCGUAUUAGAACUCAAGAAGGUUAAGUUUUGUAAAAUUAUUCAAUAAAAACAAAAGUUCUGAA